AUGGCUUCUUCUGGCCUCCUCAAACUGGAGGAACAGCUCACCUGUCCUGUGUGUCUCACCCACUAUACCAACCCUAAAAUCCUACCCUGCCAUCACUCAUUCUGUCAGCACUGUCUGGAAGGAUUACCACUGGAUAAGAAGAGUGAGACCUAUUACCUCUCUUGUCCCACUUGUCGUCAUGAUGCAGAGUUACCAGAAGAAGGAGCAGGAGCCUUUUCUGUAGCAUUCACUCUCAUCACCCUCAAAGAGAUAUACAGUGGAAUGAAGAAAGUAGAUGAUCCUCAACAGGUUACCUGUGACAAGUGUACUACAGCUAAUGCCACUGGAUACUGCAAAGACUGCAGUAAGUUCCUUUGUACAGAAUGUGAUGGAGUACACAAGAAAUGGGGGCCUACUUCGAACCAUCAGCUGACAAGUCUUGAUAAGGUGACAGUCUCUUUCUCUUCUAAUCCUCAAUUGCUAGCUCCAGCUAAACAGGAGGCAACCCUCACUUGCUCUGUACCUAGUCAUGAUGAGCCAUUGAAGUAUUACUGUGACACAUGUGAUGAAUCUAUUUGUCAUGAUUGUACAUUUGGUACUCAUAAAGGCCAUGAGUAUAACUUAGUCUCUAUCAGUUAUACUAAACACUCUCAAGACUUGGAAGGUUCUCUUAAUCCGGUAAAAGGGAAAAUUGAAGCACUCAAGAAGGUCAUGUCUGCUCUAACAGAGAGAGAGGGUGAGAUCAAAAAAAGAGGAGAAGAAAUCUUAGAAGAAAUACAUGACAUGGUUGAGAAAAUGGUGGAUGUUCUUCAUCAGUCAGAGAGGAAACUGACUGAGCAGGCAAAGAGGGUCACUGAUGCUAAACUGAAGGUGCUGUUGGGACAAAUGAAAUCAGCAGAAAUAAGUUUGAGUCUUCUGGAGGACAUUGAAAAUUAUGUGGAACAGAGUCUGAAGACAAGCAUUCCUCAAAAAGUCCUAAGGUCUAAGAAACAGAUGAUGGAACGUAUGAGUGAAGUUACUGCACAGGUCAAUGUGGAGGAGUUAUAUCCAAAGGAAAUGGCUGAUUUCGUAUUAGUUAAAGAUAUCAAAUUGCUACAUCACAUUGGAGAUGUUAUCUCUCCAACACAAUGUAAAGCAAAAAUUGGCUGCUUCGAGUGGUUACCAAAACAAGAAAAUGUGGUCUUUUCACUAUCAAUAGAGGCACCAGAUUCAUCUUAUUUGUCUGUUCUUCUCUCUUCUCUCAGGAUCCAGAAAAUAAACAUGGAUGGAUACCGCAUAGCAUUAGUUGGUGAGGAGGGAAGUGGGCCACUACAAUUCAAACGUCCUGCGGGUAUAGCCAUUUCUCCUAUAACAGGACAGAUUUAUGUUGCUGAUAGGUAUAAUCAUCUGAAGGAUCAGCCGAUGGAGAGUUCAAGUGUCCAAAUGACAUUGCUAUUGACAAAGUUCUCUCAAGAUGGAAAGUUUAUUAGUCAAUUUGCUACUAGAAGUGGCCCUGGACGGCUUAUUAAGCCAGUUUGUGUAACAAUAGAUACUACAAUGACUGGUCUAGUGUAUGUUAGUGAAAUGGGUAGUAAUCGUAUCUCAAUCUUCACUAGUGAUGGUGUAUUUGUGCGUUGCUUUGGAAGGAAGGGAAAAGAAAUAGAUCAGUUUAGUGAUCCAUAUGGAUUAGUAUUUAAUAAAGAUGGCUUUUUAUGCAUUUGUGAUGCAAAAAAUUCCCGUUUACUAGUUAUUUAA